CGAUUACCAGCACAAAUUUAGAGCCAUUUGGAACGAACUCCUUCAAGAAAUCAGAGAUAAUCCUCCCAGUACCUACCUAGCCUAGAAGCUUUUUGCAUUGGAGAGCUUUUUAUCCAUCUUUCAAUUUCCUCGCAUUCUGAUCAUGGAAUUAGUAGGCCUAGAGAUAUCAUAUCUAAACACCUAGAUGCUCUCCCUCUAACCACCACGCAUUUAUAUCACUAGGAACCCAACCUUGGCUAUGAUUAAAGUUGCUCGUCUCUAAGGCCACAAACUGAUCAUGGAGUAGAUGACCAUGGACUUUGUCCUCUUUCGGAUGCAAAGCUUGUACUCAAAUCUAUGGCAUUUAAAGAUAUCCAUGCUAGAGAUGGCAAAUCUCAUGGCUCACAGGGUAACAAACACAACAUACGAGUCUUACCUGCUAGUAAACCAUCUAAUUAGAGUAGAAAGACAACUUAACAACAAGCACAUGGUUUUUGCUUUAGCCAUUCACCUUGUCAGCCACCUACACAUGUAUAUUGGAUCCUCAAGCUAGCUAGGAAUAAAGACAAGGGGGAUGGACAUGGAACCAGCUUAGGAGAAGAUUGUAAAAAUGUGGAAGAAAGCAAAUUGGGCCCCCAAUGAUUGGUGCCCACUAGACUUGCAGCUUAGCUUAAACAUCUUUGUAGACUUCUCUAAACCCAACUCGAUGUUGAUACUUUACUGGAAUGUUAGGGGCAUAAGAAAUCCAACAUUUCUAUGUAAUGCCCAUGACUUAACUUAUUGUUUUGGUCCUAUCAUUCUUGUCUUCUUUGAAACCUGUGUGAAUUGUGAUUGUGUUGAAACUAUUAUGCAUUAGGUGGGGGUUGAUUAUGAUAGUUAUUAUGCUGUUGAUCCGAUUGGAUACAGUGGUGGAAUAUGGAUACUUUGGUGCUUCAGUAAGGUUUAAGUCUUCAUCAUCUCAGCUACUGCUCAAAAGAUCCAUGUUAUGAUCGUUGAUCUUUUAGUUUGUGGUUGAGGAGACCUCUCUUAUGCAUGCUUAUUGUGAAGCAAAUAGUGUGGUAGAUAGAGUCACCAAGGAUCGUGCAUCUAUAAAGAAACCUUUUGUUCUUUUGAUGUUGUUCUUGUUUUUUAUUCAACUUGUUUAUCUCAUGUUUUUUAUGUUUGUAUUGUGUAUCGAAUCAACUUUUGUAAAUUUA